AUGGUCGUGUUUCUGCAUCGCCGAGUUGCGAUAUGCAUUUCAUAUAUACGUCAGAACGCCACAAUCAUAUCGAGGUUCCAGCUGGUUCUGGACGCCGACGUAGCGUUCUUGAUUGACGGUACAGUAUCAUUGCAUGCACGUGCAUCACAGCAUUCGUUUUCAAGACGAUUUACUGCGCCAUGCGAACGGAUCUUUGGAACAAAUUACUUUAGCUCUCCCGGCGCAUGGCUACAUUUCCGAGCUGAUGCCAAAUUCCUUUUCAAUUCUAGAAGCAUAGGCGCAGGCGAAGAACUUGAAACCAAGAGAUUGUUUGGUUCCAAAGCCUUUGGCAGGAUGGUAACCGAUUUUAUUUCUUACCUUUCGAUGAUGACUUUAUUCCGCCGAAGGCGUCGAGUGCUGUGGCAGCCCGACCUCUCAUGGCGACAAACAGAAAUGUUCUGGGUGCAACACCAACCAUUUCUACAUGAAUCUGGGUACCAGCUACAUCCCAAAUUUCACCCAGACUGGCAGCCAAAAUGGAAGUCGAAAACGGAGAUGCUGUUUAGCGAAGAGGCUCGCUUACAUUUGUCUCCUGAUAUCAUUGACGUAACGCGAGCCAGAGACGGAAAGCUUGUCGCGUUGAAGAGAGUCUCAAGAGUGAAUUAUCCUUUUGAAGUCGAAUUGGCCACAUUCUUUUCAUCCUCUCCGUUGUCAGAUGAUCCCAAAAAUCAUUGCAUUCCUAUAUAUGAGGUUCCUCAGUCACUGUACGACCAUGACAUCCAAUUCAUUGUUAUGCCACGGUUGCGGAAAAGUAGCACACCCGCAUUCGACACCAUGUUUGAGGGCCUUGAAUUUAUGCAUGAAAACUUUGUCGCGCAUAACAGAGAUAUCAGCACCUCAAACAUUAUGCUUGAUGCGACCAAGCUGUAUCCCAAAGGCUUUCAUCCCAUCCAUCAAACCCUAAAUGCCAAAUACACUGGUUUCGCAGCACAUACCACACGUACCUUGUGUUGGCCUCGCCAUUAUAUCAUUGAUUUUGGGUACUCCCGUCGCUACGAUCCGAAUGAACUUCCAUCCGAUGUCAUCCUGGCCGCAAGCGACAGGUCUGCGCCAGAGCUUAACAGACUCCAUGCCGACCCGUCCGCCAGAUUGAAUCCGUUCUCUUUCGAUGAGUUCCAUCCGCCUCUGCAAUUUCUUCUUCCCCUUGUGAAUGAUAUGACUCAGGACGAGCCUUCGUUGCGACCUACGAUCAGCGAGGCUGUCGCGCGUUUCGCAAGGCUCUGCAAUUCACUGACUACAUCUCAGCUGCGCGCCUCUCCGAGAGGCGGCUCUGCUGGGUUUAGUCACCGCUGUCGACGGCUUAUGUAUACUGUGACUGGUGUACCUCCUCUACCUGCGAGGGAGUUCUCGGAGCCUGUCACUGUCAUUGAUUCAUGCCUUCGGUCCUUCUAUACGCUUACUCCUGGACAUGUCGGUGAGAUUAAAGAGACACAUUACUCAUAG